AUGAAUGAAGCAAAAUACGUGGUAGAGUUUUUUGGCCGUUUAACAAUGGUUUUAUCAUUAAACUUAACAAACACAUCGUGGGAUUUACAGUCACCUUCUAUGAAAGAAAAAAUGAGAACUGAAAACCGAGACACCAGAGAAACAAAUCGUCCAGAUUUUGCUUUGAUAAAUAAUUCUGGUUAUGAAUUAAUUAUGCUAGAAGUUGCAGGUUCUCCUGAUGUUGAUGAUCCAGAUAAACAUAAUUAUGACGAGCUGAAAAUCCCACUUUCAACAUUACCAUCACAAAUAUCGUCAUUCGAUACAACACCAAGAAGUCUAUUAAUAUCAUCAAUACUUAGGAGCUUGAGGCAUAAAAUCAAUACCUCAAACAAGACCAUGAGUAGAUUAUUAAUAAACGAUAAUAUUAUUGACUUAUUCCAUCACCGAAAAUACUUAUCAGAUGGCGAGUACUCUUUUCUGAAGAAGCUUUUCACGAUAGAUUACAAUAUUGAAAAAAUACAAUUUGAUUUGUUGGAAGAAAUCGAAAAAAUAUACAAGCCUGGAGAAAUAGAUAAAAACAUGGGUAUUAUUAGAAUCAAUCAUAAAUUUUCAAUUGACACUUUUUCAGAACGUCAAAAGUUGUUCAUAAUUUCUAUGGUUGAAGAUUUCUUAUUAAAGUUUCAGUUGGGUUUUUUCAAGUCUGAUUUCAUGAAUGAAGCAAAAUACGUGGUAGAGUUUUUUGGCCGUUUAACAAUGGUUUUAUCAUUAAACUUAACAAACACAUCGUGGGAUUUACAGUCACCUUCUAUGAAAGAAAAAAUGAGAACUGAAAACCGAGACACCAGAGAAACAAAUCGUCCAGAUUUUGCUUUGAUAAAUAAUUCUGGUUAUGAAUUAAUUAUGCUAGAAGUUGCAGGUUCUCCUGAUGUUGAUGAUCCAGAUAAACAUAAUUAUGACGAGCUGAAGUUAUCACACAAUUUAUUAGAAUCCUUUAAUUUCAUCUUUGGGAGAGAAAAAUACCUUGGCAAGCCUGUACCAGAUAAUUUAGUUUUUAAUUGGUUUAUUGUCUAA